CGGCGCCUCCUCAAAACCCUAUCGUCUCUCGCGGCGCAGCCACCACCACCACCGGAGCAGCAGCGGCGCACGCGGCGAGCGGAGAGGCGGAGGAAGAGGCGAUGGCGCGCGGCGUGGCGGCGGGGGCGAAGGGAGGCGCGGCCGGCGGCAAGAAGAAGGGCGCCGUUACCUUCACGAUCGACUGCACCAAGCCCGUGGAGGACAAGAUCAUGGAGAUCGCCACGCUCGAGAAGUUCCUCCAGGAGCGCAUCAAGGUCGCCGGCGGCAAGGCUGGCAACCUCGGCGAGGGUGUCACCGUCACCCGCGACAAGACCAAGGUCACCGUCACCUCCGAGGGGCCUUUCUCCAAGAGGUACCUGAAGUACUUGACCAAGAAGUACCUGAAGAAGCACAACGUGCGUGACUGGCUCCGGGUCAUCGCGUCGAACAAAGACCGCAGUGUCUAUGAGCUCCGGUACUUCAACAUCGCUGAGAAUGAGGGUGAGGAGGAGGAUUAGGCGCACUACCUUAUCUAUGUCUUGUGAACUUAUGGACAGUGUUGGAACAGUCUUGCUGUAGCCUUUGAAGGGAUGAGUUUUGAUGUUUAAAUUGCUCUUCUGAUCUGUUUUAAGCGUGGUGGAACUUCCAAUGUGAUGCUUAGAUAAUCGAGUCCAAGAAUUGUUGGUUCUUGCUUGUCUCUAUAACAUAUCAUCAGUGUUUUAUCGUUCA